UAAUUUUUAAAAAUGGUAUCUCUCAUUCAUAAAAAUGAUUUAACUUCUCAACAUUCGAGUAUUAAAAUCAAUGGUGUAGUAUUUUUAUUCCUAACUGUGGUGACAUUUUCAACUGAUGCAUAUCGAAUACUGGGAGUAUUUCCAUUCAGGUGGAAAAGCCAUCAGAUAAUGUUUGAUGCUGUUACUAAAGGAUUGGCAAGAAAAGGUCACCAAGUAGAUGUGAUAACUCAUUUUCCCUUAAAAGAAUCGAUUCCUAACUACAAAGUGUUGGUGAAAUUAAAACAUCAGGAAGACAAUCCUAUUCUCAAUGAGUGGGAUUAUAAAUUUGCUACUGAGUUUGAUACUAAAGGAAGAAUUGAUUUUGUAUUGACUGGAAAUAAAUUAUGUGAAUAUUUAGGAUUACCUGAAAUACAAGAAUUAAUUAAAAAUCCUCCGAAUGAUCCACCGUACGAUCUUGUGAUGACUGAGGGUUUAGCAGCAAAUUGUUUCAUAGGCUUGGCUCAUGCAUUAAAAGUUCCAGCAAUUUUAGUGUGUUCUUCUCGUGACUUAUCAUGGAUAGAUUGGGUUUUAGGACAGCCAGCAAAUACUGCUUUUUUCGCUGAUGUUUUUCUGGAUUAUCAUCAUCCUAUGACAUUCUUUCAACGGGUGCAUAAUACCUUCCAAACUCAUUUGAACACUUUUCUUGUCAGAUCCAACACUUACAGUAUUCAAAAUGCUUUGAUUAAAAAGUACAUUGAUCCAAAUAUACCACCACUGUAUGAGUUGGAGAGAAAAAUUGUUUUGGCUUUGGUUAAUUCUUAUCACAGUCUUGAAGGAGUCAGACCUGUGGUUCCUAAUUUAAUCGAAGUAUCUGGACUCCAUGUUUCAGAGCAUCAUGAAGAAUUGUCUCAUGAGCUUGGUCAAUGGAUGAAUGAAAGCACUGCAGGAGUAAUCUAUUUUUCAUUUGGAUCCAUGACCAGAAUUGAAACUUUUCCUGAUGAUAUAAUUCGUGCUUUCUAUGCUGCCUUUGCCAAGUUAGCUCCUGUUAGAGUGCUUAUUAAAAUCAUUAGUAAAACUGAAUUAUUACCAGGACUACCUGAAAAUGUCAGAACUGAAUCUUGGAUUCCACAAGUUGCAGUUUUAGCCCACAAUAAUACUCGAGCCUUUAUAACUCAUGGUGGUUUGAUGGGCUCUCAAGAAGGACUCGCUCUUGGGGUUCCUAUGGUAGGAAUACCACUUUUUUCAGAUCAGCAUAAUAAUGUUCAAUGUUUUGUCAGAAAAAAUAUUACCAUAAAACUUAAUCAUAGAAAUCUUACCAAAGAUUCAAUUUAUGAAGCUCUUCAUGAAAUUUUAUAUAAUCCAAAGUAUUACAAAACUGCAAAAUAUGAAGCAGCUCGUUUUCGAGAUCGUCCAUUGAGUGCAAUGGAUACUGCAAUUUUCUGGAUAGAGUAUGCAAUAAGACACGGUCCAGGCGUUCUGAGAUCUCCAGGUGCUGAUUUACCAUGGUGGCAAGCAGCUCUUCUCGAUGUUUACCUAUUUUUUGCUGUUGUCUUUAUUUUUAUCUUAUACUUAUGGUUUUUAUUGUUUAAAAAAUUGUUAACAAUAUUAUAUUAUAAAUUAUUUAACAAAUCACGUAAAAUACACACAGAAAAACAAUUCAACAUGCCAGUGAAAGUGACUUUAUUAUUUAUUUCAUUAUUCGUUUCAAUUUAUUCAAUUGAAGCAUAUCGAAUACUUGCAAUUUUUCCUUUUCAAUCAAGGAGUCAUCAAAUGAUGUUCGAUGCGAUAGUUAAAGGACUAGCUAGAAAAGGUCAUCAGAUUGAUGUUAUGACAGUUUAUCCACUCGAAAAGCCAAUUCCUAAUUACAAAGUAGUUGUUAAUUUAGAAAGCCAACAAAAAAAUCUUGUCAAUCAGUGGGAUGUAAAAUUCGCUUCUGAACUGGGCCAAGAUACUAUCCCCAUCAUUGCGUUACUUUUUGGCAAUGGAUUAUGUGAAUAUUUAGGAUUGCCUGAAGUGCAAGAAAUCAUCAAAAAUCCUCCUAAAGAUCCACCCUAUGAUCUCAUAAUCUUAGAAUCUUUUGGAUCGCAUUGUUUUCUUGGCCUAGGCUACGCAUUAAAUAUCCCUGUAGUUUUAGCUAGUACUACAGUCGAUUCUUCUUGGCUAAGUGAUAUUUUAGGUCAACCAACAUUUACAACUGCCUACUUUCCGGCUUAUUUUACAAGCUAUACUCAUCCUAUGACGUUCUUUGAGCGCUUUUGUAAUACAGUGAUGCAUCAUGUAACUUUGUUUCGCUACAGACGUUUUACUGAUGAUGUUCAGAAUGAUUUAAUGAAAAAAUAUAUUGACCCUAAUAUUCCUCCAUUACGUGAAUUAGAAAAAAAUGUUACUUUAGCUCUGGUUAAUUCUUAUCACAGCCUUCAUGGAAUAAGACCUCUUGUUCCAAAUCUCAUUGAAGUAGCUGGAUUACAUGUUCUAGAACGUCUAGAAGAGCUUCCUCAUGAUCUUGGAAAAUGGAUGGAUGAAAGCACUGCUGGAGUUGUUUACUUCACUCUUGGGUCAAUGGUGAAUAUUGAAACAUUUUCAAAAGACGUAAUGAAGGCUUUUUAUUCAGUUUUUACUAAAUUAGCACCAGUUAGAGUAUUGAUGAAAGUUGCUGAUCCAAGCAAAUUGCUACCAGGUUUGCCUGAAAAUGUUAGAACUGAAUCUUGGAUUCCACAAGUUCCAGUUUUAGCUCACAAUAAUACCAAAGUUUUCAUGACUCAUGGGGGUUUAAUGAGUACACAAGAAUCUCUGACUUUUGGAGUUCCUAUGAUAGGAAUACCAUUAUUCGCUGAUCAGUUUUCAAAUAUCGAAUUUUAUAUUAAAAAAAAAAUGGCUGUGAAACUAGAUUAUAAUAAUUUAACAGAAGAUUCAAUUUAUGAAGCUCUUUAUAAAAUUCUUAACGAUCCAUUGUAUCAGACUUCUGCAAAAUAUGAAGCAGCUCGUUUCCUUGAUCGUCCAAUGAGUGCAAUGGAUACAACAAUUUAUUGGAUCGAAUAUGCAAUAAGACAUGGUCCUGGUGCUUUAAAAUCACCUGCAGUGGAUAUGCCUUGGUGGAAAUUAUCAUUAAUUGACGUUUUUUCAUUUCUCUUUAUAAUGAUAUUGUUUUCCAUUUUAUUAAUUUUUCUACUCCUCAAUAAAUUCUUAAAGACUUUGCUUUUUAUAAUAUCAAGAAAAAUACUUAAACUCCACACUGAAUGGGCAUAUCGAAUAUUAGGAGUAUUUCCACUACAUUCAAGAAGUCAUCAAAUGAUAUUUGAUGCAAUCAUCAAAGGAUUAUUAACAGAUAGACAUCGAGUUGAUGUUGUGACGGUGUAUCCUUUAAAGGAAAAAUUUGCAAACUAUACAUUAAUUGUUGAUUUGUCAAAACAUCGAAAAAGUCUUGAAAAUCAAUGGAAUUUUAAAUAUGCAUCGAAAUUGACAGGAGAUAGUAUUUCACUUAUAGCACUAUCUCUGGGAAAUGAUUUAUGUCACUAUUUGGCUUUACCUGAAAUACAGGAUAUCAUUAAAAGUCCACCGAAGGAUCCUCCUUAUGAUUUAUUAAUAGCUGAAUCUCAUGCUGCUCAUUGUUUUAUUGGAUUGGGAUAUGCAUUAAAAAUUCCAGUUGUGUUGGUUGCAACGUCGAUCGAGGCACCCUGGCUAGACCAGUCGAUAGGCCAGCCCAUGGAUACAACAGCGUACAUUGGAGCAUACUUUGGAACCAAUUCUUAUCCUAUGACAUUUUUUGAACGUGUUUAUAAUACAUUUAUCAGUUAUUAUAAUCUUGUUCGCUUCAGACGAUACACUGAUGAUGUGCAAAAUGAUUUGAUGAAGAAAUAUAUUGAUCCCAAUAUUCCACCACUGCGAGAACUUGAAAAGAGUGUUGCUCUAGCUCUAGUCAAUUCAUAUCACAGUUUGCAUGGGGUAAGGCCAUUAGUUCCUAAUCUCAUAGAAGUAGGAGGACUCCAUGUUUAUGAACAUUAUGAAAAAAUACCUCACGAUCUAGAAAAGUGGAUGAAUGAGAGCACUGCUGGAGUAGUAUAUUUUACUCUUGGGUCAAUGGUUAACAUUGAGACCUUUCCUGAUGAUGUUUUGCGAGCUUUCUAUUCAGUUUUCAGAAAAAUAUCUCCAGUACGAGUGUUGAUGAAAGUAGCAAAUAAAGAGAAAUUACUUCCGGGAUUACCUGAGAACGUUAGAACGUCAUCGUGGAUCCCGCAAGUAGCAAUUUUAGCACAUAAUAAUACGAAAGUUUUUAUAACUCAUGGAGGUUUGAUGAGUGUUCAAGAAGCUCUCACGUUUGGAGUUUCUAUGAUUGGUAUACCACUGUUUGCUGAUCAAUUCUCUAACAUCGAUAUACUUGUUAAAAAAAAUAUUGCUGUCAUGUUGAACUACAAAAAGCUUAUCGAAGAUGAAAUAUAUGAUGCUUUCGACGAAAUUUUGAACAAUCCAAAAUAUCACAAUGAUACACUUCAUGUAUUUAUGAAACUACGUUCUCUUAUAGCAUAUGAAAGACUAUAUUAUCCGUUAUUAUCUUAUGAAUACUUUACUAAAAUAUUUCUUAAAGUAGAAAAUCGUGUAGCGUUACAAUUAAAAAUGAAAGUGCUAGUGAAUUUCUUACUCAUUUCAUUAUUAACUAUUUUAAUUACUAAAACAAAAGGUUAUCGAAUUUUGGCAGUCUUUCCGUUUCAUUCAAGAAGUCAUCAGCUGAUGUAUGAUGCAAUUGCUAAAGGUUUAGCUAGAAAAGGUCAUCAGAUUGAUAUAAUAACUUCUUUUCCAAUAAAAAAACCUAUCCCUAAUUAUAAUGUAAUAGUAAAUUUGGAGACAGAAAAUAAAAGUUUUGUGAAUCAGUGGGAUUACAAAGCUGCAUUUGAAGUGACAGAUGAUAUCAUUCCAUUCAUAGUAUCUGAAUGUGGGAAUAACAUAUGCGAAUAUUUACGAUUACCGGAAGUGCAGAAAAUAAUUAAAAAUCCACCAAAGAAUCCUCCGUAUGAUCUCGUUAUUAUCGAGUCUCUAGGGUUUAAUUGUUUCAUUGGAUUAGGACAUGUGUUGAAAGUUCCAGUCAUUGUAGCAACUUCUUUGGUGGAUUCACCAUGGUUAGAUCGAUCAUUAGGUCAACCCACGGAUACGACGGCAUACUUCGGAGCAUGCUUUGGAACCAAUUCUUAUCCUAUGACAUUUUUUGAACGUGUUUAUAAUACAUUUAUCAGUUAUUAUAAUCUUGUUCGCUUCAGACGAUACACUGAUGAUGUGCAAAAUGAUUUGAUGAAGAAAUAUAUUGAUCCCAAUAUUCCACCAUUGCGAGAACUUGAAAAGAGUGUUGCUCUAGCUCUAGUCAAUUCAUAUCACAGUUUGCAUGGGGUUAGGCCAUUAGUUCCUAAUCUCAUAGAAGUGGGAGGACUCCAUGUUUAUGAACAUUAUGAAAAAAUACCUCACGAUCUAGAAAAGUGGAUGAAUGAGAGCACUGCUGGAGUAGUAUAUUUUACUCUCGGGUCAAUGGUUAACAUUGAGACAUUUCCUGAUGAUGUUUUGCGAGCUUUCUAUUCAGUUUUCAGAAAAAUAUCUCCAGUACGAGUGUUGAUGAAAGUAGCAAAUAAAGAGAAAUUACUUCCGGGAUUACCUGAGAACGUUAGAACGUCAUCGUGGAUCCCGCAAGUAGCAAUUUUAGCACAUAAUAAUACGAAAGUUUUUAUAACUCAUGGAGGUUUGAUGAGUGUUCAAGAAGCUCUCACGUUUGGAGUUCCUAUGAUUGGUAUACCACUGUUUGCUGAUCAAUUCUCUAACAUUGAUUUGUUUGUUAAAAAGAAUAUGGCUCUGAAGUUGAAUUUUAAACUGCUUAGAGAAGUUGAAAUAUAUAAUGCUGUUGAUAAAAUUCUCAAUAACCCAAUUUAUCAGAAUGCAGCACAAUAUGAGUCAGCUAAAUUUCUUGGUCGCCCAAUGAGUGCCAUGGAUACAACUAUUUUUUGGAUCGAAUAUGUAAUUAAAUUUGGACCCAAUGCUUUGAGAUCACCUGCAGUAGAUAUGCCUUGGUGGCAAGUAGCUCUUAUCGAUGUGUAUAUUUUCUUCAUUAGCUUUAUUAUUUUUACUGUUUUCCUAAUGGUAAUAAUUAUUCGCUCAUGUAUAACAUUACUUUUUUCCCAAUCAAAAAAGCGAACUAAAAUUGCAUAGUCAUAUAUGCUACUUUUAACUAUUAAAAAAAUGUAUUCGAGAAUAUUUUAUAACACAAAUUAUAACAUUUACCUUAUUGAGUCUUGAUAAA